AGGGUUAAACAAUACCCCCUAAAGAAAGAAGAUAUAGAAGGGGUUGGCCCAAUUAUUGAGAACUUUCUGCAGCUAGGACUACUGAGAGAGUGUCAAUCUGAUUUUAAUACUCCUAUUCUGCCAGUAAAGAAACCUGAUGGGUCAUACAGAUUAGUACAAGAUUUAAGGGCUGUUAACAAGGUAACUGAAGACUUGUAUCCAGUGGUUGCCAAUCCCUACACCUUGUUAACCCGUUUAACACCUGAACUAACUUGGUUUACUGUUCUAGAUCUAAAGGAUGCUUUCUUUUGCCUCCCUCUCCAUGAAGCCAGCCAGAAAAUUUUUGCAUUCGAGUGGGAAAGCCCUAAAACUGGAAGAAAAACUCAGCUCGCAUGGUGUGUGUUACCGCAGGGGUACAAGAACUCCCCCACUAUAUUUGGGGAACAGCUUGCCAAGGAUUUAGAGUCCUGGGAACCUCCACCAGGAGAAGGACAGUUACUCCAGUAUGUGGAUGAUCUCUUAAUAGCUACCCGGACCCAGGAGACAUGCGUGGACUGGACGGUAAGCCUCCUAAACUUUCUAGGCCUGCAGGGGUAUCGAGUAUCCCAGAAGAAAGCCCAAAUGGUGAGGCAAACAGUUAUUUACCUGGGUUACGAAGUAAGUGCUGGACAAAGGACUCUGGGGCAGGAUCGCAAGGAAGCAAUAUGCCAGACCCCAAAACCUCAGACAGUGAAAGAACUAAGAACCUUUUUAGGCAUGACAGGGUGGUGCAGACUGUGGAUUUAUAACUAUGGGUUGCUUGUUAAACCUCUGUAUGCCUUGAUCACGGAAGGGAGCAGGGAUCUUCAGUGGACAAAAGAUGCAACCCGAGCCUUCAACCAGCUAAAGAAAGCCCUUAUGUCAGCUCCAGCCCUAGGACUUCCAAACGUGAGUAAACCAUUUUUCCUGUUUUCUCAUGAGAAGCAGGGGAUUGCCUUGGGAAUAUUAGCACAGAACUUAGGCCCGUACCGGAGGGCAGUGGCCUAUCUUUCCAAGCAACUGGACACAGCAGCUAAAGGAUGGCCAGGGUGUCUCAGAGCAGUUGCAGCAGUAGCAAUAAACAUCCAAGAAGCACGCAAAUUCACCCUAGGCCAGAAGAUGACUGUGCUAGUAUCUCACACAAUGUCUGCACCCAAAACAGCUCCGAAAAGGACAUUUGGAUCCAUUACAAAUGACCAGGGUCAAAAUGUAUUUGGUCUUGACAUAACUGAGACACCUGAGGGAGAUAAGUGGCCUCAACUAAUUGUCCAACAGAUCCUGGAUAGGGAGCAGAAGGACACCUAUGUGAUGAAAAUCAAAGUUGAGGAUGGUGGGAGCCCCCCAAGGUCCAGCACUGCCAUCCUGCAGGUCACGGUGACUGAUGUCAACGACAACCACCCGGUCUUCAAAGAGAACAACAUCGAGGUCAGUGUGCCAGAAAACGCUCCCAUGGGCACCUCUGUGUCUCAACUCCAUGCCACCGACGCAGACCUGGGCUCCAGUGCACAAAUCCAUUUCUAUUUCAGCAACCAGAUCUCCAGUCUGUCCAAAAGGCUCUUUGCCAUUGAUGACAUCACUGGCCUCAUCACCAUCAGGGAGCCUCUGGACAGGGAGGAGUCUCUUGUGCACAAAUUGACUGUUUUGGCAAGCGAUGGCAGCUCAACUCCAUCAAGAGCAACAGUGACUGUUAAUGUCACAGAUAUUAAUGACAGUGUCCCAUCAAUAGACACGAGGUACAUCAUCAGCCUGGUGAAUGGGACAGUGCUUUUAUCUGAGAAGGCUCCCUUUAAAACAAAAAUUGCUUUGAUAACAGUGCUGGACAAGGAUACUGAUCAGAAUGGGAAAGUCACCUGUUUUACAGAUCACGAUGUCCCUUUCAGGCUAAAACCAGUGCUUGGUAAUCAGUUUCUCCUGGAGACAGCCGCAUUUCUAGACUAUGAAGCUACACAAGAAUAUGCCAUCAAAAUAGUGGCUUCAGAUUCAGGGAAGCCUCCCUUAAACCAGUCUGCAAUGCUCCUGAUCAAAAUUAAAGAUGAAAAUGACAAUGCCCCAGUUUUCACACAGCCUAUCAUAGGCCUUUCCAUCCCUGAAAACAACGCUCCUGGUACUCAGCUAACCAGUAUCAGUGCUACAGAUGCUGACAGCAGGCAGAAUGCUGAGAUCAGCUACAUCCUGAGUUCUGAUGCGCCCCCAAUUUUCAACCUGGACCACCGUACAGGCAUCCUGACAGCAGUGAGAAAGCUGGACAGAGAAAACCAAGACAGGUACUCUUUCACUGUGCUGGCUAAGGAUAAUGGGAUGCCACCUUUGCAGACCAAUGCUCCUGUGACAGUGUCAGUGCUGGACCAGAAUGAUAACAGCCCUGCUUUCACACAUAAUGAAUAUAAUUUUUAUGUGCCAGAAAACCUGCCCAUGUAUGGCACAGUGGGGCUUAUCACAGUUACAGAUGCUGAUGCAGGAGACAAUGCUGCAGUCACUAUCUUAAAUGGUAGAGAUAAUUUCAUUAUAGAUCCACUUAUUGGUGUAAUAAGACCUAACAUUACCUUUGAUAGGGAGCAGCAGGGAUCAUACACUUUCCAGGUGAAAGCAGUGGAUGGAGGAAGACUGCAGCAUUCCUCAACUGCCAAAGUGACCAUCAGUGUUGUUGAUGUAAAUGAUAACAGGCCCAUUUUUGUUAUUCCCUCAUCUAAUUAUUCCUAUGAGUUGGUCCCAACGUCAGCCAGCCCAGGAUCUGUAGUCACUAAAGUCUUUGCAGUUGAUAAUGACACAGGAAUAAACACAGAGCUCCGCUAUAGCAUCAUAGGUGGGAACUCCAGGGGCUUGUUUACCAUUGACCAAUUAACAGGCAAUAUUACUUUGAAAGAGAAGGUAAUGACAUCAGAUCAUGGCUUGCACAGAUUGGUGAUCAAGGUGAAUGACCUGGGACCUGGACUCUACACGAUAGCUCUUGUGCACUUGUUUGUGAACAAGACCAUCACCAACAGCUCCUACGUGCAAGAGUUGGUGCAUAGGAACAUGGAAACUCCAGUUAGCCAGAACAUUGGGGAUGGUGAGAUAACCCCACAGACCAAUGAUUAUGUCAAGAUCAUCAUUGCCAUUGCUGCAGGAACCAUGACAGUUAUUCUGGUAAUUUUUGUUACUGCUUUAGUCCGGUGCCGCCAGAUGCCCAGGCACAAGGUUGCAAAAAAUAAGCAGAGUGGUGAAUGGGUUUCCCCCAACCAAGAGAAUAGGCAGAUCAAGAAAAAUAAGCAGAGCUCUCCAAAGAGCCUCCUCCUCAACUUUGUGACUAUUGAAGAGUCUAAGCCUGAUGAUCCUGGCCACGAGCACAUAAAUGGCACUUUAGACAUUCCUGUAGAGCUAGAAGAGCAAACUAUGGGAAAAUAUAACUGGGCCACCACACCAACCACAUUUAAACCUGAUAGCCCAGACUUAGCAAAGCACUGCAAGUCUGCUUCUCCGCAGCCUACCUUUCAAAUUAAACCUGAAACUCCUGUACCCCCCAAGAAGCACUAUGUCAUUCAGGAAUUGCCUCUAGAUAACACCUUUGUGGUGGGCUGUGACUCACUUUCCAAAUGCUCAUCCAGCAGCUCAAGACCCACUUACAGUGUUUCUGAAUGCAGCUGUCAAGGAGGCUUCAAGACCCCAGGCCCCAUACCCACCAGACAGGUAAUGGAAUUUUAA